GAAAAUGACAAUGCUUUUGAAUGAAUACAUACGAAAUGUUGAAACAAUCAGACAACAGAAGAAUAAUAAAGUAAAGAAUUUUGUCUAUGACGAAUUCAUGUCAGAUACAACAAUGAGAAAUUCAGGGAAGGUCUUUUCUUUCAGUUCCAAUCCUGAUGAGAGUGCUCUCUAUUCAGUGAUGAGAGUUGUCUCUGAGAAAUCCUCGAUGGGAAUUGAUGAAAUGAAACAUUUAUUACAAAUAUUUAAGAAUGCAAGUUCAGAUAAAACAGCUGAUGGUCUAAUGGACAAAACAAGUUUUUACAAUUUCAUUGAUACUUUUGGAAUAACAUGCUAUGUGAAGGAACAAUUGUUUAGAGUGUUUGACCAAAACAGAGAUGGUUAUCUUGAUUUGCAGGAUUUCUCAAUUGGUUUGAGUAUUUAUAUGAAUGGUAAAUUUGAAGAAAAGCUAAAAUUAAUUUUCCAACUGUUAGAUGUUGACAGGAGUUGUAAUAUUCAAAGAGAAGAAGUUAAAAAAGCAUUACGAGUUGUUUUUUCAGCAGGCAAACAUAAAAUCUCAGAUAAGGAGUUGGAAUGUAAAGUUGAAGCAACCAUGAGAACGUGUGAUGUUAACGGGGAUGGUUCAAUAGAUUUCUUUGAAUUUAAAUCUGAAUUUCAGAAAUCCCCACACAUGGUCAAACUUUUCAACUAUAUUUUUGUAAAUACUCUUCAUUAAAUUAUUGUAAAUAUUGUAAAUAAUUCAAUCAUAGGAUUCAAGAUAUAUCGGAAUUAAAAUUGAUUGACCAAAUUUGAUUCUUCAAUCAAAAAAAAUGGAAUCACAAAACAACUCGUCAUCUUCCUCACUCAAACAACCAACUCCUUCAAAUCGGAAUGAAUCAAGAGAAUCAAAAAGAAGAAUAGAAUUUGAAUCAGCUGAGGAUAUUAGCAAUUUCUAUCUGAAAAAGACAGCUUUUCAAUUGAAUGAUAUUUUGAAAUGUGUGGAAGAUACUCACUCCCGAUAUGAAUGCAAAGAACAAAUCCAAGCUCUCUCAAUGAAUUUGUAUAACUAUCGAUCAGAAGUGAGCAAAUUUGUUGAGAAAUCAUCACUGCUUACCAAUCCGAAUAAUUUACUCUUUCCACCUCAAAUAUUUUCACCUCCAACAAUUGUAUAUAGAGAAUAUAAAGGCGAUUCCAAUAGUCCUGAAUCCAUUCAUACAAGAUUUAAAUCAUUUAGUGACAAUCGUACUAUGAAUAAUUCAGCUUAUAAUCCUCAUGAUGAAAAUACACCUUUGAAUAUGUUUCAAUCAGUUGCUGAUGGUGUAAUCAGAGUUGGAAGUUCACUGAUUAGAAAAAUUAUUGGAAGAGGUGAGGAUUGA